ACGCCGUUUGGUGUUCUCGAAUUCCAACCAUGAAUCGCCAAAUUCACGGAGCUGUAUCUUCUUCUACACCCAUCUCCUUGAAAGCCCAACACCAUCUCUCGGAUUCAGACCAAGAACCAGCCAAUGGAGCUUGUGGUUCGGAGACUCGAGUGUAUACCCGGAGGAAAAGGCUAAAGCAGGAAACUUUGGAGCCUCUGGAGAAAGAUUCCGGCAAAGGAGUCAAUACCCACAAACAGCUAUGUGGUUUACCCGAUAUAGAAGAUUUUGCUUACAAAAAGAAUAUUGGAUCUCCUUCAUCUAGGAGGUCAACGGAAAGUAGCAUCACUAUGACUUCAGUCAAGACAGCAGGAAAAGCGCCUGAAAACUGGGUAAAAGUGCUCGAGGGUAUUCGUCAAAUGAGAUCUUAUGAAGACGCACGAGUUGAUUCCAUGGGAUGUGAUAAAGCCGGAAGCUUUCUUCCUCCUACGCACAUCUUUUCUGAAGUCCCUGCAAUCAUUGCUUUUGCAUUUGUUACGAUCCACACCUUCUCGAUGGUCAUUGCUUUCGAAGGGUAUGCAAAAGGGAACAAAGUAGAUCAAGUAAUAGUUCCAGUCAUACACCUUGCUGCUGGAUCGUUGACAUUGGUGAAUUUUGCAUCGGAAAGUUGUGUAAUCGGCAUUCCUCUUCUUUACCUUGUGGCAUCUUUGACGCUUCUGCAUUGUGGAAAAAUUGUAUGCAAAGGGAAAGAAAAGGCUCUUCCAGAUGUUAAAGCGAAAAACACAAAGAGGACCAAAUCUGCAGCUGGGAAAUCUUGUGGAAUUGGUUCUGCAAAUCCGUCUAGUUCCAAUAGAUUAGUGAAUCCUGAUUUGACUUUGCAGAGUCCUGAAGAAAAGAAAGUUAGCUUCUCAGUAGAAACAGAGAAGUAUCCUUCACCGGUUAACUCAACUGCCAUACCAUCUGGUCUUACUAAUACUACUGCAACAUCUUUUUUAAAGAAGACUGCAGAGACUGGGGACUCAAAGAAGAAGAUUGCUGUGGAGCCACUUUUCUGGCCAUUUGAGCAGAAGUUUGAUUGGACACCAGAGGAUAUCUUGAAGCAUUUCUCCAUGUCUCCACGGAGAAAAAAGUCGCUAGGAUCCAAAACAUCAGGUACCUCUCCAAGAUCAAUGAGGGCACAAAUCCAAACAAGAAAGCUAGAUUUGAAAGAAGGGUGUAAGAGGAAGCUCAUGUUCAACGGUCCUGGAUCAAAUUCGAAACCAACAAGGAUCCCAGAACUGAACUGAACAAUCAGCAGUAGCAGCAACAACAUUAGCAACAAGAAAACCGAGACCAGCAA